CAUAUCUGUCCAAAGACCUCCACAACAAUAAACAAUUCAACAUCUCUCUCUCUCUCGCUCUCUCUCUCUCUCUCUCUCUCUCUCUCUACUCAUACUCCAUCAUCCCCAUCUCUCAACCUAGCACUCAAUCUCUCCUUCUCUCUCUCCUCACGUUCUCUCUCUAAACAUCUUCAGUCUUUGAGUUGAGCAUCAAUGACGGAUGUUAAAAAUAAUGAGAAAAAUAAGUAAAGUGAUGACAGUCACGUCUCACCCUCCUCCUCCGAAACCUUUCCUUCAAUCCAACUCCAACUCCAAACAUUUCACAAUCCAAAUUUAGUCAAAACCCCAAUUAAUUAGCCCAGCAAUCAUCACAAAAGACUGCAUCCUUUUCCUCCAAAACAUGACCGAGGUCCUCCAAUCGCCGUCCCCAUCUCACUUCCCUUCCCCUUCAAGCUCCUCCACUCCAUGUGCUGCUGCUCCACCUACACCCAAUGACUCACCAUACCCACAUGCCCUUUUAGAGGAUACCCUCCAGGGGUAUUUGGGUUCGGAGGAAGACGAAGAAAACGAAAGCGAAGACGAAGAGGAAGGAGAGGGGAAGAGGAAGGAGAGGGACAGAGAGGGUGAUCAGCUUUCCCUUGUGACCCUUUUGGUCACUGCUUUCAGGAGGUCUUUGAUUGGGUGUAGCAGUACUAAUAGUGCAGAUAGUGGAAGAGGGAAGCUUUCUUCCAUGGAGAUUGGGUGGCCUUCGAAUGUCAGGCAUGUUGCCCAUGUCACCUUUGAUCGCUUCAAUGGGUUUCUUGGAUUGCCUGUUGAGCUUGAACCUGAGGUCCCCAGGAGGGCUCCGAGUGCCAGCGCAAACGUUUUUGGGGUCUCAACAGAGUCUAUGCAGCUUUCUUUUGAUGCCAGAGGGAACAGUGUCCCAACAAUACUUAUUUUGAUGCAGAGACAUUUGUAUGCACAAGGGGGUCUGCAGGCUGAAGGGAUCUUCAGAAUUAAUGCUGAGAACAGUCAGGAGGAGUACGUCAGGGACCAAUUAAAUCGGGGAGUGAUACCGGAGGGCGUUGACGUGCACUGUUUGGCCGGUCUUAUUAAGGCUUGGUUCCGCGAACUUCCAACUGGUGUGUUAGACUCUCUAACACCAGAGCAGGUAAUGCAGUCCCAGUCAGAAGAAGAGUGUGCUGAACUUGUUAGGCUCCUACCUCCAACAGAAGCUGCGUUAUUGGAUUGGGCAGUAAACCUAAUGGCUGAUGUUGCACAAAUGGAACACUUCAACAAGAUGAAUGCACGCAAUAUUGCCAUGGUGUUUGCACCAAACAUGACUCAUAUGGUAGAUCCUUUGACUGCAUUAAUGUAUGCCGUCCAAGUGAUGAAUUUCCUCAAGACUCUUAUUGUCAAGACACUAAAAGAAAGAGAGGAAUCUUUGGUGGAAACAGCCCCUGUACCCCGCCUAGAGCCUUCUGACGAGGAUGAGCACCAAAGCACUUUUCAACCAUAUCACAAAGAGGCCAACGAAGAGGCUAACAAGGAAAAUGAGGAGGGCGUAUUUGUUGGCGAAGAACCUGAUUUAGAGAGCCCCCUUCAUUCUACACAAAAUGAUCCCGCAACCGAAAGUGGAUCUCAAACUUUUCUAUCUUCUAUCAAGAAUAUCAUUCCGGGAGGAAACUGGUUUCUGGCAGAUAAUUGUCCUUGCGAGGUUGUAUCCCAAGUUAGCUCUUUGGCAAAUGGGCCCCAAGAAGAGGGUUUAACAAGUUCAGGUAGAGAGGCUCAGCCAAACAUUAGGAAGAUCAAAAGUGGUCAAUCAAGUGGUUCGAAUCUGAAGAAGGGGCCCAAGAAGGUAAACGAGCAGCUGCUGAUUCAAACUGCUGUGACUGCAGAUAAGAGCAAAAGAAGUGGAAUUCUUAGCCGCAUAAAUUCGAGGACGGAGUUGGCUGAAGGUUGGCGUUGAAGAGUGUUUUGGAGGUGGUUUCGGGUGUUGGGGAGAUUUGGGUUAUAUUUGCGUCUCCCAUGUGGAAAUAUUGUGUAUGUCUCUGUCUGUAUGAUGUGAUGUGUGUUUUACAUUUGUUUGUGGAUUAAGCUUCUUAACCUUGUCCCUUGUACACAUUUCUCUAACCCAUUCUAAUAUUUUCUGUAUUUUCUAGUAGGGACGAGAAAUUUAACUUAAUAUCUCUCACUUA